UUCCGGUCGGCCAUUUCCCCCUGUGGAGGGAUAUAAGCAAUCAUGGCACCCAGUCGAAAUGGCAUGAUCUUGAAACCCCAUUUCCACAAAGAUUGGCAGAGACGAGUUGCCACGUGGUUUAACCAGCCUGCUAGGAAGAUCCGCAGGAGGAAGGCCUGUCAGGCAAAGGCUCGGCGCAUUGCUCCGCGCCCAGUGUCAGGGCCAAUCCGACCCAUUGUGAGGUGUCCCACUGUUAGGUACCACACAAAAGUUCGUGCUGGCAGAGGAUUCAGCUUGGAAGAGCUGCGAAUGGCUGGCAUCUCACCAACAGAAAGUGACACUCCAAGAAAUUAUACAUUCCAAAUCAAAACAGCUGCUACAGAAAUGUUUUACCUAACAGUUAGCAUCUUGACAGACAUUCAACCUGACUCAAAGACCUGCUAUAUGGGAGAUAACCCUAGAUUACAAGUUCAUGAUGAUCUUUGA